ACUUCCCCUUUGACACUGCAGUUUUGCGCUUGCGUUGUCCUCCGAACACACUCAACCACACUCAUGCAGCAGCGAGAUGCACAGAGAAAUGUUCCAGCGACGUUCUCUCACCGUUUCUAGCACCAGAGUGCUGGCACUCAUUCUCCUACAAGGCGUGUGUGUCUGGAGUGUGAAGAUUCACACAGUGAAUGCUGUGCUCGGAGGAUCGGUGGUCCUGCCAUCCGAACACCGGAGAGAAGAUGUGAAAUCUGCAGACUGGUUGAUUAACAACACCAUAAUUGUAGAAUACGUUAACAAUAAUGAACCGGUAUAUAAAGCAAAGGGCCAAAUAAAAGGAAGCUUCAAAAUGAACUCUCACAAUCUUAGCUUGGCUAUUAGUAAUAUAAGGCAAGAACAUAAUGGAGAGUUCCAGUUAACAGGCAUAGACAAAAGGGGUACACAGAUAUCUACAACAACAUUUAAACUACUUGUUCAUGAGUCUACUCUGAAGGUGCACAUCACACAGGAGCCGCCUGUUCGUCUGAACAACACCUGCACGAUCACCUUGACCUGCAAUGCCAGUGGUCCACCUGGAGCAACAUUCUCCUGGAGUGGCCAUCGCACAGGGAACGACGCCAGUGUGCAGUUCUCUCUUAAACCAGAAGAUGGCAGUGUCAGGAUGAAGUGUUCAGCACAAAGAAACCCUAACGAAAAGGAUGAACAAGAAGUGAUCAUCAAGUGUGCCAACACCACAAAUGGCACUGCGCCAAUUGUUGUCGUCACCUUGGCUCCACCUACUGACACAGACAUCUUGUGGUGGUACGUGUAUCACAUCGCCAUUCCUGCAGCGGGUGGCUUAUGCCUUCUGAUCCUGAGUAUAGCAGUUGGUGUGUGCUACUGCAAGAAAAAGAAUGCUGAAGGGAAUGAGGACAACACCUGCUACGCUGAUAUAACUAUCGGACGGAAAGAUAACCCUCAGCUGCAAGGUCAGCUCCUUGACCACACCUGA